AUGCUUCCUAAGGCACCAAUAGGGGCCCUGAUCCGUGAGGCAGCCUUAGAGCCAGCGAACGUGCUGCUUGACGCCAGGAAGGCUGGAUACGUGACGAGGCUAUUAGGACUGCCUGAGACCCACCUAACAGCGCAGCUGCUCCCAGUUACGCUUAGGCAUGGUGAUACCCACGCACAGCCUGGAGAGCAGCCUCUAGAUGACCGAGAAUGGGCUCUAAGCAACGAUAGAGUGCCUAAGAGGAUAGGCCAGAGGCUUGCUAAGCACCUAGCUCAGCGCUUAACAAAGGACCCAUCAGGUGGAAUCGAGAGGACAGUGCAAAACGCACCAGCGGCCUUUCCAGGCACUACCCGGGUGCUAGGCACUGAACAAGCUCUAAUAGAAGCAGCAGAGUGA